CAGUUGACUUUGAGCUGCGCUUCGGAAUGCUUGGGCGAAUAGCAGUUAUCACGCUGAUUCUGGGCCUAAUUGGCUCGGAAGUGCAAUCGGCCAAGUUGCAGGACACGGAGUGCGGUUACUUCGACGAGGAUCAGAUGCUCAAACAAAGCGUCCUCGCCACACCCACGGAGCACCAGUGGCUGGCCCGGAUAGUAUUUGGCAAAGGGUUCGAGGGCAAGAUUCGAGACAAUGGCUGUCUGGGCGUGCUGAUAUCCAAGCGCACUGUUCUGGCUCCAGCCCACUGUUUUGUUCAGUUUAACGGGGAGGCGCAGGCCUUCUCCGUUCACCUGGGUGUCUACAACAAGAGUGCUCCCGUUGGCGGUCGUGUCUGCGAUGAGGAAGGAUAUUGUGUGCGUCCUGCGCAGGAGAUCAAGCUGGCCGAGGUGGCCAUCCAUCCGGAGUACGAUUCGCGAACGCUGAAGAACAGCCUGGCCGUGCUCACCCUGCAGCGAGACGCCAAGAUCUAUCCAAACGUGAUGCCCAUCUGCAUGCCACCUCCUCACUUGGUCAACGAGACGCUGGUGGGCCAGACGUUCCUGGUGGCUGGUCUGCGCAUCAAGGAGGAUCUAAGGCUGAAGACCUGGGUGAACACGCUCAGCCGUUCGUUCUGCCAGUCGAAAGUCGAGGCGCUGGUGACCAGCAGCAAUACAGUGUGUGGCUACCAGAUGAAACCGGAGGCCUAUUUCUUGGGCGCACCGCUCGUGGGAAUGCAGAAGAAGGGCCAGGUCACACAGAAUUUCUACUUGGUGGGCUUCAUGAUCGACUGGCGCUGGGAGGACAACCGCAUCAUGUCCAGCUUCCUGGCCAUUCGGAACUACCUAGACUUUAUCUACCAGAAUUCCAAUUCCCUGAUUGUACGCUCCUGAGCGCUGAAUAAAAUACGUAAGAGAAAUACCA